GCCGCGAGUUUUUAACGUCAUCACCAUCGCCGCCACCACCGUCGUCGUCGUUGACAUUGUUAUUGUCGCCGAGGUCGUCGCAUUCGCGUCUGGUGGAAACGCGCAGCGACGGAGACAAGCAGCGAGUCCUGUGAGGUUUCUGUGAAUGUUCUCGGACAGCCGCGUGCCGCGGCUAGCCGCGCAUCAGUUUCUCAGUGCACACGAGGAAAACAUGGAUAAUUCUGCGUACGUACCGAAUCACCUACCGCCGCCGUCUUUGGUCGUGUUCUCGCAGGCCGGAGGUCUGCCUGAGGCCUUGAGAAUGCAAAGACCAUUCAAUCCACAAGUGACCGAUUCGAAAGAUCUGCAGGUGCCCUUCAGCACGGCGGCAUCGCUGGGCUACGGGCUGCAUCACAUGCUGCAUUUGCCGCCGCAAUUCCUGCAUCCGCUCGAUCAUAGACUGCCCUUCGGCGGCUUUCGGCCCUUGGUGCCGUCCGCGUUCGCGCCCCCCAGCAAGUGCCUCAAGGUCGAGACCGGGAACGGCGCGGUGCCGGGGAACGGCGGCCUACCCAGCAUCGGCUCGCUCUCGAGCAUUCCGGCAGGUUCCGCGAGCCGCUCGCCUACCGGUACCGGCGGUACUGGUUCCGUGCCGAAUCGUGGUGCGACUCCCGAUGAGGAAGACCGUGACGCCAACGCCACACCAGGAUCCGAAAACACUGAACGAUCCACUCCGGAGGAGGGACGACCGUACAGACUGGGGCCUGUGUUCGGGGGCCGAUGCGGCGCGGAGGCGCUCGGUCUGGGGCUGGGGCUGUCGCCGGGCCCGGCCUACAGGUUCGCUCUGCCCCCGGGACUCGCUGCCAAGACCACCCGCUGCCUUGUAUUCGACCAAGGCAAAAAGAAAUUCCCUUCGGAUCCCUCUUGCUGCCCUGUAUGCGGAGUGACAGUGAGACCUCAAGAACUAGAGCAACAUUUUGCUCAAGAGCUCGAUCGAUUGUACAAGGUCUCCUCGGCAUCUUCAAGACCUCGAUCCUCGAGGUCGACCUUACCGCCGACGCAUCCCCAAGAUCAUUCCCAUGGCACGAUGCUCCAUGCCCCAUCGGCGGCGGAUGGCACCCCUCAGGGUAGAUGGGAGACAUACAAAAGGAUCAAGGCCAACAGACAAGCCAGAAUACGCGUUAAGAAUCGAAAGCGAAAAGCGGACGAGGCGUCUUGUCCGGUUUGCAGUGAGAGAUUGUCGGGCACUCCGGAGGAAUUAAAUCAACACGUCGACCGAUGCCUGAAUAAGCAGAACAAUGGAAAUCCAGCCGGGCAGAACGCGAAUGUCGACGAGGAAGAAGUUGACGUUGAGGGCGACCCCGAAUACGAAGAGUACGAGUGGGCUGGGCAAACAAGAGUGCGUGCCACUUCCAUGCUCGUUGGUGGGUUUUCUGCCGCAGGCCUCGCCACUUCCUCGAGCAAUCGUAGUGGUGCUAGGGGUGGAGGUAAUCAGGAGGACGAAGAUGUCGAUCUGGUAGUCGAUGGCGACGACGCCGCUGAGUUCGGUCCAGCUCAGUAUUCCGAAGCGGACGUGGUCGCGCCGCGAGUCGAUGGCACGCCGCGAGAACAGAAAGAACGGGACGCGCUUCGCGAGGCUGUUAUCUCGCCGAACGCGCCGCACACGCCACAGCAGUUGACUCCUGACUCCGGAUUGACGGCGCAGGGUCUGGUCGAAGUGAAGCCAGAGCCGGGUGCUGCAACACCCGUCGCCCAACAAAACGACCCCGACGAAGGUGCCUCCGGGUCGCCUAGGAGAGACGGCGAUACGCCCGUCGUUGAGGCCCUUCGCGGCCGCAUCCGCGAGCUCGAAGCUGAGAUGCGCGGACAACCCUUUAAAUGUCUCAUUUGCAUGGAACAAUACAAAAAGCCAGUCACUUCGGUUUGUUGCUGGCACGUACACUGCGAACAAUGCUGGUUGCAUACGCUGGGCGCGAAGAAACUCUGUCCGCAAUGCAACAUGAUAACGUCACCAUCCGAUCUGCGACGCAUCUACAUGUGAACAAUUCGGCUCAACGUCCCUGAGGAUCUACAUUCUCCACUCCAGGAAUUCGGGAUCAGCCGGGCAGCGUUAUCAAUGAGCGUUCCGCUCCUGUAAAUAUUUGUAUAUUUUUCUGCGUUACGUAAAUUAACUCUCUAGGAUUUUAACAUGUACGUUUAUGCAUCUUAGAGCUAGUAAAUUAACUCCGUUAGUUCUUAACGAUCAUCAAUCGAGCGUCGCUUCAAGAUCACCCGAUGCAGUUUUGCGCAUCUGCAACGAUCGAUAUAUUCACUUAUACUUACGAACUCGCCGUCCCUUCCGAAAACUGUCAAUUUUUCCGCGAAUC